CCUGCUGUGUUCCUCCAGCUCCCCACUUUGUCAUCUCUGAUUCCAGCGUCUGCAGUUCUUGCUAUCUCUGGCUAACAUUUGUGACUGCUUUGCAUAUGUUCAUUGCGAUUUGAAUGUGAUUAUGCUUAUCUCGAGGGGCACACAAAUCGAAUAUGUAAGUUAUUUCUACACCGCAACAUGAGACUGUCACUGGUGAUCUGGAGAACUUAAAGAGCACAGAAUAAACUGACAAGUCAGGAGGGAGGCAGUCUCCCAGAGAAAUGGGGCGGGAUCCAGGUCACUGCGCGGUCUCCGGAUUGGGCCUGGACGCUUGCAGCAAUGUUCAGUUUCAGCCCAGAGAGCUCGGCAGCGCCGCCUCCCUGCUCGACUUCCACUGGCGGUUGCUUUGGGAACACAGCAAUGUGUGGAGAUUGCAGAUGUCAGGAGCAGCGGCUCUCUCGAUCACUUUAAGCUGAGAAGGAGAUUUCUUUCACCUCCAGCAGGGUAGUUGGGACUAAGAUGUAUCAUCUUUUGGGGCUGCAAGACAGAUGCUUUGGACAGCAAUCCAUUGAUGUUGUGGGGUUUGCGGCUAACAGAUGAUUUCACGCCAUUUGUAUCGAUUGUCCGACAAGAAAUGGCGUUAAACAAGAUUAAGUAUUAAAUUGACUCAGAACGACUGAACUGUGGCAAGCCUAUCGCCGUUCGUCGUAAACGUUAACAGUUCCGCUUUUCUAGCUUUCCAACAGCAGAAUUAGGAAAUCUUGACCACUGAAGGAGAUGAAUUGGUUUUCGACACUGGAUUUCUUGGCGCUUUGCUUAACUUUCUUCCAGCACAAGUUCGGCGCUGUUAAAGGAUAUGGGGACGAAGACGAACGGAGAUGUGAUCCUAUAAAAAUCCCAAUGUGCCAGAGUCUUGGCUACAAUGUGACCAAAAUGCCCAAUCCAGUGGGUCACGAGUUACAAACAGACGCCGAAUUACAGUUACAAACUUUUACACCUUUGAUUCAAUAUGGCUGUUCCAGUCAACUGCAGUUUUUUUUAUGCUCGGUUUAUGUGCCGAUGUGCACGGAGAAAAUCGACAUUCCGAUCGGCCCGUGCGGCAGCAUGUGCCAGUCUGUGAAGCGGAGAUGUGAACCUGUCCUGAAGGAGUUCGGUUUCUACUGGCCCGAGACAUUAAACUGCAGCAAAUUCCCACCGCGAAACGACCACAACUACAUGUGCAUGGAAGGGCCCGGGGACGAGGAUGUCCCCUAUCACACCAACAAAAUACCCAUCUCAGCAGAAGAGGAGUGUCUGAACAUGGGGGGCAAGUUGGAUAACUAUGUUUGGGUCAAGAGAAGUCUCACGUGUGCCCUGAAAUGUGGUUACGAUGUCGGUUUGUUCAGUAGAUCAGCUAAAGAGUUCACAGAUAUUUGGAUGGCAGUUUGGGCCAGUCUGUGUUUUCUGUCGACAGCAUUUACAGUUCUGACAUUCGUCAUCGAUUCUUCUCGGUUUUCGUACCCUGAGCGACCGAUUAUUUUCUUGAGCAUGUGCUAUAAUAUAUACAGUAUUGCCUACAUAGUGCGGCUUACAGUAGGCAGGGAACGUAUAUCAUGUGAUUUCGAAGAUGCCGCCGAGCCUGUGUUAAUUCAAGAAGGACUCAAAAAUACGGGAUGUGCCAUUGUUUUUUUGCUUAUGUACUUUUUUGGGAUGGCGAGCUCCAUCUGGUGGGUAAUUCUGACACUGACUUGGUUCUUAGCCGCUGGUCUAAAAUGGGGACAUGAAGCCAUAGAAAUGCAUAGUUCCUAUUUCCACAUUGCAGCAUGGGCCAUCCCGGCGGUGAAGACCAUAGUUAUACUGAUCAUGCGACUAGUAGAUGCUGAUGAACUCACGGGUUUGUGUUAUGUUGGAAACCAGAACAUUGAUGCAGUCACUGGGUUUGUGGUUGCACCUUUGUUCACAUACUUAGUCAUAGGAACUUUAUUCAUUGCAGCUGGCCUAGUGGCAUUGUUCAAAAUCAGAUCUAAUCUUCAGAAAGAUGGAACAAAAACAGACAAGCUAGAAAGACUGAUGGUAAAAAUUGGGGUCUUUUCGGUUCUGUAUACAGUACCUGCCACCUGUGUCAUUGCCUGUUAUUUUUAUGAAAUAUCAAACUGGAACCUUUUUAGGUAUUCAGCAGAUGAUUCCAAUACAGCGGUGGAAAUGCUAAAGAUUUUUAUGUCUUUGUUGGUGGGCAUUACUUCUGGCAUGUGGAUUUGGUCUGCAAAGACAUUACAUACUUGGCAAAAGUGUUCAAACAGACUUGUGAGUUCUGGAAGAACGAAACGAGAUAAACGUGGAGAUGGCUGGGUUAAACCAGCAAAAGGCAGUGAAACUGUUGUAUAAAUGUAUAUACAUUGGAAUAAGCACAGAACAGUGUCGCUUUUUGUUUGUUUACAGAAGUUGAGUUUCAAAGCAUCACAAAGAAAUUUGCUCUAACCAAUCACUUUUAGAAAGUUCAAAAUAAAUGAGAAUGUGCCUUUGUGUUGAAGAAAAUCAUUUUAAACAUUUUUGGAGACCAAUGUACGUUAUUGAAUAAAAAAUGUUUUGUAAGUCUACAAUCAAAUAGAAUGUGACUGUUAUGAAGAUGAUCACAUUAGCAGAUUGUGGAAUCUAAUAUUUUUGUGCAUUGCAUUUUAGUAGUUCUUGCUGUAAUUUUGGAAAAGCAGUGUAUGUAAGCCAAAGAAAAGACAGUAAUACUGUAGUUCUUUCAUGAAACUUUGGAUAAAUAACCGUGAUACUCAAUAAGCAUUACAAUGUCCAAAUAGAUAUAUCUGAGACAAAAUUAGUUUCAUUUUAGUUGAAGAACAACUCAGCCAUCUCAUAUAGACAUUAAAUUUUGUACACUGGAAAUGUGGAGCUAGGUAUGAAUGUGUGGUUGAAGCACAACCAAUAACCAACAUUACAAUCUAGACAACAUGGUGCACUAUACCUAAUCUUUGGAUAAACUGAAGUAGGCUAUUAUUUGCUAAUGUUUCAGCAUCGAAGUGUGUCUGCUGGUUUUAUAUGUUAAUCUGCAUGAAUAUUUUAAACAUAACAAGCUGAUCUGUGUGAAGAAAAUGUUGGUCAGGUGCUUGAAAUUCUCUGUGCCUUAAAUGCAGGCUGACUGCAAGCUGCUUCAUUCAGGACAAUGCAAAAAUAUAUUGUCUACGUUUAGCUGUGACAGGCUCCCCAGGGAUCCAACAUAACUAAUUCUUUCAGCACUGUUAGUUUUAAGACUCUAAAAUUAAAUAUCCACUAAGAGAACCCAGUAGUUUAUGCAAUUGUAUAAUUUUUUAAAAAUCAUACAUCUACUCGAGAUGCAUGAUCAAACUAAAAAUAGUAAAUUUCAGAAAUAUGAAAGGGGUAAGCCAGCGUUUAUAAGGAUAAAAGGCAAGUUAGGACACUUAGAACACUUCAGUGGUUUAACCUUAACUUGAAAUGUUAACAUUUGUCUCUAUUUAUAGUGUGUCUUUUCAACGUUUUCUGUUUUAAUACAAUUGUAUGCAUUUCACUAAAGGGGUAGACGAUCCAAGAGUAGGUAUUUUCUAUUCAAAAUAGUUGUGGAGAAGUAACUCACUCAGAGAUAGUAGGAAAUGCCGAUGCUGGAGUCAGAGAUAACAUAGUGUGGAGCUGGAGGAGCACAGUGGGCCAGAACUACUUCAGAAAUGCGGGAGGGGGAAGGGAGCUCUGAAAUAAAUAGGGAGAGGAUGGGUGGGGCUGGGGAAGGUAGGUGGAGGAGAAGUAAUAUGUACAUGGAGAGGCUUCAAUCAUUUUAAUGUAUGUUGCUGCUUUGGAUCAGACUCACAACCAUAUUCUAACCCCUGUAAACAUUCUGCCAUCUGUUUAUUUUAAUAUUUCCCAAUCUUACAGUUAUACUUGCAAUACCCAGCAUUCAAAUUUCAUAGCGCAGCAGCCUUUCAAAUAUGACAUGUUGAAAAUCACUGGAAUGUUUUGCAAGUGACUGGCAAAAUUCAGUACUCAGAAAGGUUGACCAUGGUGACAUUUAGUCGAUAGCUGUAGAUUUAAAACCAUUGAGGAAUCACAAGAUAUUAUUCUUUAUUAAAUAAUAUCAUGGAAGAUACAACCUAAACUAAAUAUUACAUUAUAUUUGUUGUAUUGAGCUCCGUGGACUGACUAUGCAGUCAAUUUUAAAUUUGAUUUGUUUAUUUUUGUCUGUGGACAAUAAUUCUGAUUACAAAUAGACAAGUGAAACUGCUUCAUUGUAGGAAAACAAAGCUAGUGAGAAAGUUUAGUUACUUAUUAGCGUGACUGUAGUUUUACAGUCAUUCUCUUACUCUUCAUGAAGGUAUACAGAGUAUUCUGUUAUUCAAUGCCAGUUUGUGUUCCAUUAUUAACUAUUCAAUGUUUGUUUUGCAAACGCCCUUGAGCACAUCCUGUAUUUAGUACAGAUGAAUCCCACAUUGUUUUGGGGGUUCACAUUACCUGAAUAAAACAAACAGACAUUAAGGACUUGCUACAGUUUUCAAAGGAAAUGUCAAAACCAAUUAUUAUUACUUGUAAAUGUAAGUGAUGUAAAUUUCUAAUUUAUCUUUUCAAGAGAAAAAAACUGGUCUUAUUUAAAUACAUUUGUACCUGAGGAAAACAAAAUUAAAUUUCUCGUUCCCUAUUUGUACAAAAGUGGUGAAUUUUAAAAUAAAAAUGUUGACAGAUUCUGACAA